GUUCCUGUGGCAGCUCCGUUGAUUUAUAACCAGUUUGUCUCCUCCUCCUCCUCAUCACCUUCACCAACCCUCCUCUCCCUCUUCACUUUGAAACUUCGCCUCUCUGACUGAACUCCUUCACUCAUCACCAUGCUCCUCUGGACCCUGUGUGCAGCUGUGCUCCUGCUCGGUCUCCUCUUCCUCCGCUUCCCUUACCUCCACCUGGACCUCCAACACGUUUUGAGCAAAGUCCGAACUGGACGCCAGAUCCGGAAACACAUCCAGAGCAACUACACCGUCCUGGACCGGUUCCUGGACGCGGUGAGGACGCACCCGCACAAACCGUACCUCCGUUUCAAGGAUGAGACGUUCACGUACCGGGACGCGGACGCGCUCAGCAACCAGGCCGCCAGAGUGUUCGUGCAGAGCGGCCGCCUGAAGCAGGGCGACACGGUGGCGAUGUUCGUGGGAAACGAGCCCAUGUUCCUGUGGCUGUGGCUCGGCCUGGCGAAGAUCGGAUGCCCCGCUGCGUUCCUCAACCACAACGUCAGAUCCAAGUCCCUGUUGCACUGCUUCAGCUGCUGCGGAGCUUCGACCCUGGUGGCUGCUGCAGAGUUGCAGGAUGCAGUAGAGGAGAUCCUGCCCAGUCUGCUGGAGCAGCAGGUCACUGUUUACAUCCUAUCUGAUACGAGCAUGACCGUCGGCAUGGAGAGCUUCACAGAUAAGAUGAGCCUGGCCUCUUCUGAGCCCCUGUCCAAGGAUCUAAGGUCCCACGUGACCCUGCACAGUCCAGCAGCCUACAUAUACACAUCUGGAACAACAGGUCUCCCUAAAGCAGCGGUGAUCACUCACACCAAGCUGUGGUUCUUAUCUUGGCUUCAGCGCACAUCAGGAGUGAACUCCAGUGAUGUGAUCUACGUCAGCCUCCCUCUGUAUCACAGCACCGGCUUCCUCGGCUGCACCGGAGCCAUUGAGAGAGGUAUCACUGUGGCUUUGAGGAGUAAAUUUUCUGCCUCUCAGUUUUGGGAUGAUUGCAGAAAAUAUAACGUUACUGUCGUGCAGUACAUCGGUGAGAUCAUGCGUUACCUCUGCAACACACCAAAGAGACCCAACGAUCGGGACCACCGAGUCAGACUCGCGCUGGGCAACGGGAUCCGAGCUGAUGUCUGGAGGGAAUUCAACAGCAGGUUUGGGAAAAUCCAAAUCCGAGAGUUUUAUGGAGCGACAGAAGGGAACAUUGCUCUUCACAAUUACACCGGCAAGAUCGGCGCUGUGGGGCGAGACUCCUUCCUCAACAGGAUGAUUUUCCCAAUCUGUGUGAUCAAAUACAACGUAGAGACAGAAGAACCUGUGCGGGAUUCAUCUGGGUUCUGCAUAAAGGCUGGGAAAGGUGAGUCUGGACUGUUGGUAUCUGAAAUAUCCAUGAGGACUCCAUUCUUUGGUUAUGCCAGAGACCUGCAGCAGACAGAGAAGAAGAAGCUGCACGACGUCGUCAAGAAAGGAGACGUGUACUUCAACACUGGCGACCUGCUGCGUGUCGAUGAGGAGGGUUUCAUCUAUUUUGACGAUCGAGUCGGUGACACGUUCAGAUGGAAAGGAGAAAAUGUGGCCACAACUGAGGUGGCUGACGUCAUGACGGUGGCUGACUGCAUCGAAGAGGCCAACGUGUACGGAAUUAAAGUGCCAGGUCAGGAGGGGAGGGCUGGGAUGGCUGCUGUCACAUUAAGAGAUGGACAAAAGUUCGACUCUGCAGAUGUUUUUAAACACGUUGAAAACUUCCUGCCAGCCUACGCACGACCACGGUUUAUCAGGAUUCAGAGUUCCAUCAAGGUAACGGGCACGUUCAAGCAUUUGAAGGGGAAGCUGGUGGAGGAGGGCUUCGACCCAAAUCUAAUAACAGACCCAAUCUACUUCCUGGAUGAGAAAGAGAGGAAUUACAUCCCACUCACACUGGACGUCUUCAAUGGAGUGACUUCAGGGAAAAUCAAAAUAUAAAAGAUUAGGAAAAAAUCUAGGGAAAGAUGCUGGAUUGUGAUUUAUCUUCACGCCAUGUUUGUUCUUCUACCUCCGUAAUCAUUUCACAACUAUCCCCUCAUGAUUCUGUAUCACAUGUUUGAUGCUGUUGCACUGAGCUGCGAGUGACAUAUAUACAGAACACAUGUACACUUACACACUGCUGCAGUCACACUGUGGCUUCCAAUAAAACAAUAAGCAAGUUUUUCCUGUUGAAGAAAACCGAGCUGUGGGCCUCUUGAUAAAACGACCACUUCUCAGUGCAUUGUGCUCUGUGGAGCCUGUUGUCAGUGUAGGAGGGGACAUCGCUGGCCUGGACACAAGACACCUCUCUUUGUGUGAGAGUGUCUGCUGAAACGUCCCUCCCUCUGCUGAGGGCCGAUGAUCGUCACACAUGUCCUCUUGUGCUUGAAAGAAUCAAAUAAAGCAAUGAAACUAU